AUGUCAGCAUCGACCAACACUUGGGUCGGCAGGCCUGCCAUGAAUCGCAAGGCCUUCCAAGUGACGAAAGAGGCCAACCCAAACAGCCUGAACCGUGUGAUGCCACUUUAUUACAGGUGUCGCCAACUAGCAUUGACGACAGAAAAGCGCGGGCGGCGCGUUCCGCAGAAGCUUUUGUCAGACAUGAGGGCCCUUGAGAAGGUGGUCGGGAAGGAAAUCCGGAGUUCCCACCCGCUUCUUUUCCAACGACUCGAUGACCAUCAGCUAGAUAGGUUCCUCCGAGCCAUGGCUUUCCUGAGGUUGUCUGUGGGACGCUGGCUUUACGGCAGCGAGAACCUGAAAGCCGAGUGGCCCCCAGUUGACUCGCAGAGAUCUUUCCUUCUGCUCACAGGUAAAAUCUUCCUUUACCGUGACCCCAACGGUUUCGGUGACUACAUAGAGAUUGGACCUGGCAGCUUGUUUGGUGAGCAGCCGUUCAGGCUGGGUGAUGAGGAGAUCAAUGACGCGGUGGGUGGUGCUGCGCACUGUCAAGAACCUUGCAUGGUUGGCAUCGUGACAGGGGAAGUGUUGGAGGCGUGCUUUGCAGACAGAGUGUUUGGAAAUCGCCGCAUCGCCCAAAAAAUCCGACAUUCACCAGCCCUUUCAAGGGCUGUGUUGCCAGAGCCAGAUCCUACCAAGCCGAGGGUGGAUCCAGACACGAUGACAGGCGCUGCUAGGGCAGAGCUCUUUGAAACAUGUUCGAAUGCCGUGAAGACUGCGUUAGAUGACAUGUCGAAGCUUGUUGCGGUACUGCAUCCGAAGCCGGGCGAUGAGAUCCUGACCACCGACUCGCUUGAUGAGAGUGUUUUUUAUGUUGAGGAAGGCAGUGUGGAAGUAAGGGCAGAUGUUACUUUGACUGAACGGCCCGAGUCAAGACCACCCAAGCGGACACGAAUCCAUGUUUUCCUUGAAAAGGCAGAGAAACUUGCAGGAGAGUCUAUCUUCGACAAACUGGAUCCCUACUGUAUUGUCAAGCUGGGCGAGUACAAGCGCUUUCAGACCCCAGUCCAAUGGAAUGUCGGCGUGAACCCUGUGUUCAAUUACGAGGGUGUGUUGACUUUCAAUGGCGAGGAGGAGCUUACCAUAACAGUCAUGGAUUAUGACAAGUUUACAUCAGAUGACCUUUGCGGCAGUUGCACGCUUAUGGUCGAUGAUUUGGCUGACGGAUGGCAUGGCAAGGUUGAGCUUCGAAGACCCAGAUCGGCAGUGGGAAUGAUGAUGAAGGAGGACACAGACCUGACGGAGCCUGCCGGCAAGGUUUAUCUUGCAGUGAAGUGGGACUAUGAGAUUUUCAACCCAUUGAUCGCACCAAAGCAAAAGACGUGGGCUGAUCAGGCCCUCUUCAAUCUGCAGAAGAAUCAUAUUUGGGGCCACGAGCGCCUCAUGCUUGGCACUGUGUUCACCAAAGCGCUCGAGGGUGCAACUUCAUCCCUGCCGUACCGCUUGCAGCUGGAGAAUUUCUCUAUGCGCGCAGCAGAACAAAAAGGUGUGAUGGACCGCAUCGUGGUCAUGAAAAUCGCCAAUCAAAGAUUUCUGGAGUUCAUCAAGAAGAGCCAGCGCGAAAAGGCAUUUGUCCAAGCUUGCCGCGCACAAGCUCUUGAGAAGCAAACGAUAAUCAGGGAGCACGUCAAGGACCUAAUGCAAAGGUGGCUUAAUGAAGAGCAGAAUGAGCUUUUGCGAAAAGGUAUACUGGGUGCAAAGGGCGCACCCGAAGAAGCAGUGGAUCCCAACAAAUUCCGUGUGGCCUACAAAGGAGUCAAGGCCACUAUCACCAUCCGCAACGCCGCCAACCUGUCUGGCGGUGGUUGGUUUGACAAGCUUGACCCCUACGCAAUCGUUCGCUUCCGUGGCAGCCGAGAGGAAGUCAGGACCAGUGUUCUGGCUGAUGCUGGAGGUGAUCCCAUCUGGGAUUGCGAAGGCAAGGUGACCUACAAUGGCGAGGUUGCGCUGGAAGUCUCCGUGUGGGAUUAUGACAGGUACACUGCCGACACCCUUUUGGCGACCGGAGUGGUGCAAGUGGAGCAGUUCUGCAGUGGCUUUGAUGGCAUGAUCCCCCUCGGCAUGGGAGGUGACAAGCGAAAAAGGACAAAAAAGCAAGCUAUGCUCACUCUUGGAAUCAUGUUCGACAAGCCGAAGGAUCCGUCGCUGAUACAACCGCUGACAGAUCAAAGCCCAGGUUCCUGA